GACACGGAGACUUUGAAACUCACGGAGCAACAAAUUCUCUUUUAGUUACAACACUCUUACGAUCUGAGUUGUAUUACACAUGUGUUAUCUAUAUGUUGAAGUACACAGUGUGAUAUCUAUCCCACCUCGACUCAUACACAGAGGACAAGCAAGCGUUUAUGACACCGGAUGUGUCAUGGCGACGCCCAGAGCAGACGACUGGAGUUGGUUUCCUGCAUUAGCACUCGGCGUUUCUUUCCUGAAAUGUAUUUUGAUAAACGCAUAUCAUUCCACAGACUUUGAGGUUCACAGGAACUGGCUCGCCAUCACUCACAGCCUUCCUGUGUCAAAAUGGUACCAUGAGAACACCUCAGAGUGGACCCUGGACUACCCUCCUUUGUUCGCCUGGUUUGAGUAUAGCCUGUCCCACGUGGCUCAGCAUUUUGACAAGGAGAUGCUGGUGGUGCAGAAUCUCCUCUACACCAGUCCUGCUACCAUCCUUUUCCAGAGGCUCUCUGUCAUCGUGACGGACAUAGUCUUCAUUUACGCUGUCAAAGAAUGCUGUAGAAGUGUGAGGGAAGAGAAGGGUUCCAAGGACCUCCUGGGGCAUCCAUUUUUCAUCCUGGCAGCUCUGCUUUUGUGGAACUUUGGCCUCCUCAUCGUUGACCACAUUCAUUUCCAGUACAAUGGUUUCCUGUUUGGAAUACUACUGCUAUCAGUGGCAAGACAUUUACAGGGCAGACACCUGGAGGGGGCGUUGCUCUUCACUGUUCUCCUAAACCUGAAACACAUCUACCUGUACAUUGCUCCUGCCUACGGGAUCUUCCUGCUGCGGAGCUACUGCUUCACUGAGGACAACACAGAUGGCUCUGUGAGAUGGAGCAGUUUCAGUCCUGUUCGUCUGGUAGCUCUGGGAUCUAUUGUGAUCUCUGUCGGCGCCCUGUCCUUUGGUCCGUUCAUUGCUAUGGGCCAGCUCCCCCAGGUCCUUUCCAGACUCUUCCCCUUUAAGAGGGGCCUGUGCCACGCCUACUGGGCCCCUAACGUCUGGGCCCUCUACAACAUGGUGGAUAAAGCUCUGUCUGUGCUGGGUGUGCGUCUGAAGCUGUUGGAUGUGGCAAAGCUUCCCAAAGCCUCAAUGACUGGUGGAUUGGUGCAGGAGUUCCAGCACUCCAUCCUCCCCUCCGUCUCUCCCUCCAUCACACUCAUCUGCACUCUGCUCUCCAUAAUGCCUGCAGUGUUGAGUAUCUGGUGUCGUCCGCGUGGUGCCCGGGGGUUCCUGCGCUGCCUGGUGGUCUGUGCCCUGGGCUCCUUCAUGUUCGGCUGGCAUGUCCACGAGAAGGCCAUCCUCAUGGCCAUACUGCCCUUCAGCAUACUAGCAGUUGAGAGCAGAGAGGAUGCUGGGAUCUUCCUGAUGCUGACCACCACGGGGCAUUACUCUCUGUUUCCACUUCUCUUCACUGCAGCCGAGCUGCCCAUCAAAGUCCUGCUGAUGCUGCUGUUCACGCUCUACAGCUUCACCUCCUUAAAGAAACUGUUCAGGGGUUCCCUCCUUAACCCUCUGGAAACCACCUACCUCCUGGGCCUGGUUGCCGUAGAGAUCCUCUGUGAGGUUGUUUACCCUCUGUCGCCGUGGCAGCAUACCAUGCCCUUCGUGCCCCUGCUGGUGACAUCAGUGUACUGCUCUCUGGGAGUCUGUUACUCCUUCAUACGCCUCUACGUCUCUCUAUUGAGGCAGCACGGGACAGACAAACACAAACAACUAUGAGACAGAGAGAGACACUAGUGAGUAGUGACCAAUUCACAACCAACCCCUUUGUUGUAUCCCAAAUAGUAUACUAUUCCCUGUGUAGUGCAUUACUUUUGACCAGGGCCAUAUAGAAUGUCAUUUGUGAUGCACUCUUUGGCUUACAUUGGUGUGUAAAGAAAUAAGGUGGUGUUUCAAACUUUCUGCGAUGCUGUUACUAGUCCAUCCAGAGCAGAUCUUCAAGUGUGCAUCUAUAAGUGUAGAUUUGGGAUGGGAAACACCAAGGAACAGUCACUUAUAAAUGCACACUCGAAGAUCGGCUCUUGAAGGAUGUAUCAUAGCAUGAAUAAUAUGUCUGUCUGAAUGUGUGAAAAAAAGAAAACUUGUACCAAAUGUAUCUUAAAUGACAAUGGAAAAGUGGGGAAAUAGUAUGGAGUGGGAUGAAGUUCAUGCUGUAUUUCUUAUGUUUACAAAUAAAAAGAUAAUAAACAGA